AUGGCGAUUCCUGAAAUAGGCUAUUAUGUGAUUGAAGGUGCAUUAAUAGAAAAACUGAUAAGGUGCUUCCUCCUUGCUGCUCUGAAUUUACGGAUAUGUGUCCAGCACACCAACAUUGCAGUUAAUGGAGAUGGUUUCAGUUAUUUUCUGGUAAAAUUUGGAAAUACAACAUUUAAGACAGAUGUGUAUCCCAAAUCACUUAAUCCUCAGUGGAAUUCUGAGUGGUUCAAGUUUGAAGUGGAUGAUGAGGAGCUACAAGAUGAGCCUCUCCAGAUCACAGUUCUUGAUCAUGAUACCUACAGUGCUAACGAUGCCAUUGGCAAAGUGUACAUAGAUAUUGAUCCUUUGCUCUAUAGUGAAGCAGCUACAGUUAUUUCAGGAUGGUUCCCAAUUUAUGAUACUAUUCAUGGUAUACGUGGAGAGAUAAAUGUGGUGGUGAAAGUAGAUCUCUUCAAUGAUUUAAACAGAUUUAGGCAGUCAUCCUGUGGAGUCAAGUUUUUUUGCACUACAUCUAUUCCGAAGUGUUACAGAGCAGUAAUAAUUCAUGGAUUUGUGGAAGAACUUGUAGUUAAUGAAGACCCGGAAUACCAGUGGAUAGACCGAAUUCGUACACCAAGGGCAUCGAAUGAGGCUAGACAAAGACUUAUUUCACUCAUGUCAGGUGAAUUGCAAAGGAAGAUUGGCUUGAAGGUGCUUGAAAUGAGAGGAAAUGCUGUUGUUGGUUAUUUGCAGUGUUUUGAUUUGGAGGGAGAGUCUGGACUAGUAGUGCGAGCCAUAGGAACAGCCUGCACAUUGGAUAAAUUAAGUAACACAUCAGCAUUUUUACCUGCAUGUAACUCCCCAUCCAAAGAAAUGAAGGAGAUUCCCUUCAAUGAAGAUCCCAAUCCCAAUACUCAUUCAUCAGGACCCUCCACCCCUCUGAAAAACCAAACCUAUUCCUUUUCACCUUCCAAGUCCUACAGUCGACAGUCCUCUUCUUCUGACACAGAUUUGAGUUUGACACCCAAAACUGCACCUUCCCCACAGGGACCUAGGAUUUUCCUGUUUCCCAGCUCCCCUACACUCUCUUGUGAUUCCCCACAUCUUAAAAAGUCCUGUCUCCUCCUCUCGGGGUCUAGCCUUAACCCUCUACACUCUAGCCAUGUCAGCCCAGUUGUUCUGAGGAAAAGUGUUUCUUUCACUGAAGAGCUGCUUCUGGCUGCUUCUGGAAUGGGCAGUGGGAGUGCUGGAAAAGAAGGGGGGCCAUUUAAAACUCUUUUAAGACAACAGACUCAGUCAGCUCUGGAACAAAGGGAAUUUCCAUUUUUUACCUUGACGACCUUUCCACCAGGCUUUCUUGUCCAUGUUGGUGGUGUUGUCAGUGCACGGUCUGUGAAGCUCCUGGAUCGCAUUCACAAUCCUGAUGAACCAGAGACACGAGAUGCAUGGUGGGCAGAAAUCAGACAAGAAAUAAAAUCCCAUGCCAAGGCAUUGGGUUGUCAUGCUGUAGUGGGCUACAGUGAAUCAACUAGCAUUUGUGAAGAGGUCUGUAUUUUGUCCGCGUCUGGCACAGCAGCUGUACUGAACCCUAGGUUUCUUCAGGAUGGCACCAUGGAAGGCUGUUUGGAACAAAGGUUGUCAUGGCAGCCUGGCUUCUUUUCCAUAGGGAUUGAAGAAGCUUCACCACCAGGUUGUGGAUUUUGCCAUAUACCAUAUGAUGAAUUGAACAUGCCAUUCCCUGCUCACCUCACUUAUUGUUACAACUGCAGGAAGCAAAAAGUUCCUGAUGUCCUUUUCACCACAAUUGAUCUUCCUGUAGAGGCAGUAGUUAUUGGGAAGGGAUGUCUUAUUCAAGCCAGGUUAUGCCGACUAAAGAAGAAAGCUCAAGCUGAAGCAAAUGCAACAUCUAUCAGUAAUCUCUUGCCAUUUAUGGAAUAUGAAGUGCACACCCAACUGAUGAAUAAACUUAAGCUGAGAGGGAUGAAUGCUCUGUUUGGGCUGAGAAUUCAGAUCACUGUGGGUGAAAAUAUGCUAAUGGGAUUGGCAUCUGCAACAGGUGUGUAUCUAGCAGCUUUGCCAACACCUGGUGGUAUUCAGAUUGCUGGGAAGACUCCAAAUGAUGGCACCUAUGAGCAGCAUAUAUCUCACAUGCAAAAGAAAAUAAAUGAUACGAUAGCAAAAAACAAGGAACUUUAUGAGAUUAAUCCUCCAGAGCUACCUGAAGAAAUCAUUGGGUCUCCCAUUCCAGAGCCAAGACAACGUUCCAGGUUAUUAAGAUCUCAGUCAGAAAGCUCUGAUGAAGUUACAGAGCUAGACCUUUCACAUGGGAAGAAGGAUGCUUUUGUAUUGGAGAUUGAUGAUACUGAUGCAAUGGAAGACGUACAUUCUUUACUGACAGAUGUUCCACCACCUUCUGGUUUUUACAGUUGCAACACAGAAAUUAUGCCUGGUAUAAAUAACUGGACACCAGAAAUUCAAAUGUUCACAGCAGUAAGAGUAUCCAGAUUAAGCAACAUUAACCUAACAAAUCAAACACUUAAUAAGAACUUUAAUGAUCUCUGUGAGAAUCUGUUGAAGAGCUUGUAUUUUAAACUACGAUCUAUGGUUCCUUGCUGCCUUUGUCAUGUAAAUUUUACAGUGGCUCUACCAGAGGAUGAAUUAGUUCAGAUCGCAGUCACAGCUGUUGCAAUUACAUUUGACAAAAACCAAGCAUUACAAGCCAACAAAGCCCCUACAGAAAAAUCACAGCAAAGAGCAUCUACAGACAAUGAAGACCAGCUACAAUUUCCAUUGGAACUUUGCUCUGAUCCCCUUGCUUCUCAACCAUUCCCACCAGCUAAAGAAGUCCUGGAGGGUGCAAGUUCCCACACAGGUAUUCCUGCUGCUCAGAGAGCAACGUCAAUUGAUUACAGUUCCUUUGCAGACAGAUGCAACAGCUGGAUAGAGCUCAUUAAACUGAAAGCUCAGACCAUAAGGCGCGGAUCAAUUAAGACAACUGCUUCACUUGAUAAAGCAAGUCCAUUGGCUGAGGGAUACUUACGGCACCGUUCUGUUCCGUCAUGCACCAAUUCUACCGUCUCAGUUGUUAAGAUGACACCUCUUUCUUUUCUACCUGGGGCAAAAAUAACCAAGUAUCUUGGGAUAAUCAACAUGUUUUUUAUAAGAGAAACCACUUCUUUGCGUGAGGAGGGUGGUGUCAGUGGUUUUCUCCACGCGUUUAUUGCUGAAGUGUUUGCAAUGGUGAGAGCUCACGUUGCAGCUUUAGGGGGGAAUGCAGUUGUCUCAUACAUAAUGAAGCAGUGUGUCUUUAUGGAGAAUCCAAACAAAAAUCAGGCUCAGUGUUUAAUAAAUGUCAGUGGUGAUGCGGUCAUCUUUGUACGUGAAUCUGAGUUAGAAAUGUUACCAGUACAACCUUCUACGGUUGUUUCUCAACCAACAAGUUCUGGAGGAGAUGUCACAACAUGAAGACAGAAAAAGUGAGAUAGUCUUUGCCAAAUAUAAAGAUUAUUUAAAUGUGGGAAUGUUUAGGUUUGCAUCUUCAAAAUCAGUAUCUCCCUGUAACAUUAAUAGCCAAAAUCCAAGACAAUCACUAUACUUUGUCCUUUAACUUUAUGUAAUAGUCAGGGCAGCAUAUUGGCAGGGUUGGUCUGCUUUUUUU